CGAGGGCCUAGAGCCCUAGACAAUGCGUCGAAUCGAAUGGCUACCGCGGUACUGCCAGGACUACCAGCUGAAGUAGUCGAAGCCGCUGCUGGUCCUGGUGCGACCGCCGCUCUCCACCUACUCCAGUGACGUUGAAGCUUGCUGGAGUAGUCGUAGGAGAAGGACAAAGGGGCUCCUCCAUUGCCGACGACUCUUGAGUCAGAGGGUCAAGUCGCCGUUGCGGCCGUGCGGGCAAGGUGUUUGACGGAUUGGCGAUGUGGGCGUCUCUGCACCAGUCACCACAUUUUCUACCCAACUGUCUAUACCUCAUCACAAACAGGGGUCAAGGUCUCCCCUUCACGUUCACAAUACCGCGUCCGCCUUUCUCCAGGCGACAGGCGAGCCCACGCCUUACCAAAAUUUGGCGGGUUCGAGCCUUCGAGGUGGACAUUGCUCGAAUGCUCGUUGCUAGCGUUCCUCAAUUCCUGCAUCUCUCCCAUUCCACGGCUGCCGCCUGCCACCCUAGGGCGCAAGCCACUGAAGUCACUGAAGCCGGCCUCGCUGCGACCUGCGAGUGCUCAUCUGCCACAUCUUUGAGCCGCACGAGACAGCAGGACAAGCACCAUAAUGGCGUCCUACUGUUGCUUUUGGAGGCCAAGGCAGACAACCCGAUUUCUAAGCGUGCAGAAUCUAAUUCCUGUUCAGUCGAUUUCUUUCCAAGAUAUGCUCAGGCUGCUUGUUCGUCCAGAUGUUGGAGUAAUUGUCAUCCAAGGUAUUGGUGGCUCUGGAAAGACAUGGGCUGCAAAGGCUGCAUACCGGGCAGCAAUGACUUCGAAUCUCUUUGAAGAGUAUGUCUGGGUUCCAUUGUCAAUGAAUUGUAGCAUGAGACAGUGUAUCAACAAGAUUGCAGCGUCUCUUUCAUGCAACAAAGGAUAUAACUUGUCCAUAGAAAGAACUAAGGCCAUAAUCAAGGAACAUCUCACAAAACGGAAAUUCCUCCUUGUUCUUGAUAAUGCUUAUUUCACUGAAGAAAGUAUCUUAGAGUGUCUGGGAGUUCCCCGCCCUCAACAGCAAAGUCUUGGCUCAAAAAUCAUUGUGACUACCAGAACUGGGAGGGGAGAGUCAGCCAUGGAGCCAGAUAUAGUUUUAAUGCCACAACCUCUCACUUAUGAAGAAUCAUAUGACCUGCUGCGUGAGAAGAUUGGAAAAGAUAUCUGUUUUGCACAUGACUUAAUCAGCUACUGUUUUGGCAUGCCACUCACAAUCGUACUAUUGGCUGGGGUUCUGUGUGAUGCACCUACACAAGAGGCAUUCGAUGAGUUGGUCGCAAAAGCGCAUGUCGCCCUGGGAGCCCAUAUAUCAGUAUUCCACACCAUGGAGCGCAUGGUGAAAUUUGGAUACCAUCACCUUCCUAGCGAUAAUGUGCGACACUGCUUGCUGUACUGCUUACUCUUCCCGGAACAUCAAGGGAUUGCAGUCAAAGAGUUAAUCUGGUACUGGAUAAUGGAUGGUCUACUCCAUAAAAAUAUUGGUUUUGAUGAGGCUAACCAUAUUGGCAAGGAAAUUCUUGAUGUCCUCAUAAAGCAUGGUAUGGUAUAUUUGGACGAUAAUGGUCAUAUACGUAUGCAUGAUGUGAUCAGGGAGACUGUGUCAAGAUAUGGAAAGGAUAAUGGUUACAAUGAGCAGCAUGACUGGCAUGUUAGCAAUCCUAUUAGUAUCAGAUUAGAGCAUCUUGCCAAGUCUAGCAGAAGAGUUUUGUUAAUGGAUACUGAAAUGGAAUGCCUUUAUGGAAGCCCGAGUUGCUCGUUUAUUUCAUCAUUACUUUUAAGAGGAAACUGUCUUUUGAGAGCUAUGUCGGAAGAAUUCUUUUGCCACAUGGGACUAUUAGGGAUACUAGACCUGUCAUUUACACGAAUCCAAGUGCUGCCGCUUUCCAUCUCUCGUUUGACUAGGCUAAGAAUGUUAUUGCUGAUUGGUUGUGAUUAUUUAAAGGAAAUUCGACACAUAACUCCAUUGGUGCGGCUGGAGGUACUGGAUGCUUCAGGUUCUGGUUCCCUGAAGAGUGUAGGAUCAGGGUCAUUUGAUCAUAUGGUUUUGCUCAAGGUCCUUGACCUUUCUGCAACUUCCAUCACUUUCUUGACCUCAAUUCCAGUAUCUAUGGAGCUUCGCCACCUAAAUCUACAGGGGUGCCCAUUUCUGCGGUCUGACCUACCUUAUGGGGUGUCAAAAAGUGGUGCUGUACAGAAUCUGUGGCUUGGCAAUGUCGAAGAUCUAGCAGAUUUGAUGGACAUGUUGUGGUUACCAUGUGGACUGACGUUCAAUUUGUUCAAUAUGCAUGGCUUAGAAGUAUCACUUGAUGCUAACAUGGGUGGACGUGGUACUACAUGUGUUUAUGCCAGUGAUGCCUAUUUCUUUAAUUGCUUGAAAAAGGACUCUCCGCUGUGGCUUAACUGUUUUCGGAAGUUUCAGAUUGUCAUCUCCUGUUCGAUGGAUUGCCAAACCAUGGACACUGAUGUUCAAGCAAUGAAGAAGGAUUCCACCUUUCAGAAUUCAUACUUUAGGACAAAGCGCUUUGCACAUUCCAACGAGCCCAAUAGAUACCUGGAAAUAAAUGGUACUAUUGGUGUUCCAUCUGAUCUUGAUGGUAUUCUCGGUCAUGCUGAGCUGAUAUCAUUAAAGAAAUUAGCAAUGACCACCCAAUCUUCUGAUCUGAAUUUUAGUAGUAUGGAAGCGGUAAGAGAACUCUGGGUGGAAAAUUGUGACCACCUAGAGAGUUUUCUGACAGCAGAGGUAGUCCAGGCGUUGUCUGCGAUGGGCAACUUGCACAGUUUAUGGAUCUCCAACAUGGAAAAUUUGUCAUCAUUCUGCAAAGGAGUGGAAGGUGUGACCAGUUUCAGUUGUCUGAAGCACUUGCUGUUCGACUGCUGUCCAAAUCUCAUAUGCCUCUUUCCUUCGGUACUACACUUUCCAAACCUUGAAACAUUGAGUAUAAGAUUUUGUGACAUUUUGGAGAGGGUGUUUGACAACUCGGCCUUGGGGGAGGACACUCUUCCUAGGUUGCAAUCGCUGCAGCUGUGGGAGCUUCCUGAGCUAACCUCUGUCUGUAGUGGAGUCUUGCCAUCUCUGAAGAACCUCAAGGUGAGAGGCUGCACAAAACUGCGGAAAAUCCCAGUUGGCGUGAAUGAAAACAGCCCAUUUGUGAUUACUAUCGGAGAACAGUUGUGGUGGGACAGUUUAAUAUGGGAUGACGAAACCAUUAAGCGUUGGUUGCUGUUCAGAAACUGGAGGCCCUUGCUACCUCAUAUUGCAACUGAGGGAUGAAUGAUGAAAUCUUCAUGUGUUUCUGCUGCAUUUUGGUUUGACCUUCCUAUGCGUCGUGAACUAGUGGUUGGUACACGGUUACUACAAUUUUCUGAAUUCAUUUUGUACUGAAGCCAGCUAUGUGGUUGUACCUGAAGUCUGUAACAACACGAAGCAAAUUCAGUUUGGCCCAGCACGCUAAUAAUUGGACAAGGUUUAGCAGUUAUUCAUUUAUUCUGUGUUUGUUCCACACUGAACAAGAUGAGGCGCGUCCUAGAUUCACGGUGCAAGCUGCUUUUGCGGAUAUUUCUACUGCACUUUGUUCACCUGAAUGGAUUGAUCAGGGCAGACAGGUUCAAACGUACAUUCCAGGUUGUCCUGUUCAUUUGCUCCUUACUGUAGGUCUGUUAACUUAUUUGAGAUCUGAUUA